GUCAUGCUGGGGAUUUAAAGAUGCUCAAAAUGAUGAAGGAUCAUAGUUGUGAAAUUUAAAAGAAAUUUUGCCAGAAAUGGACUAAAGUCUAGAUGGAUAAACCUAAACUCAGUGCUUGAGCCCCGGGACAAGUGGGAUUGUGUUUUUUCUUUCUGACUCGGUCUCAGAGGAAAUCAGCAUACUUGGCUCCUGCUCUGCACCGCCAACAUGCCAGUUCUGGACGAGGAGCCCUCCAUAGGGGGCGGAGAUGGUCUUCCAAAGCUGCCGCUCCCCGCCCUGAAAGACACACUGGACAUGUACCUGCGGUGUAUGAAGCACCUGCUCACAGAGGAGCAGUUCAACAAGACUCAAAAUAUAGUGAAGCAGUUUGGAGCCCCUGGAGGAGUGGGGGAGCUACUACAGAGCAAACUCAUGGAGAGGAGGGAGAACAAGGCAAACUGGGUGUAUGAAUACUGGCUGAAUGACAUGUACCUGAACAACAGACUGGCUCUGCCCGUCAACUCCAGUCCUGUGAUGGUCUUCCCUAAGCAGAACUUUAGGGCUCCCAUCGACUCUCUAAGGUUUGCUGCACACUUAAUUUCUGGAGUUUUGGAGUACAAGACUCUCCUUGAUGCACGUGCACUGCCCGUGGACUACGCCCGGGGCCAGCUGGCUGGAACUCCUCUAUGUAUGGAGCAAUACUAUCGCCUCUUCUCUUCCUACCGUCUACCGGGGCCUGAGAGGGACACACUAGUGGCCCAGGAGAGUAGCGUGAUGCCAGAACCUGAACACAUCAUUGUGGCUUGUAAAAACCAGUUCUUUGUGCUGGAUGUGGUGAUCAACUUCCGCCGACUGAAUGAAAGAGACCUGCUGACUCAGCUGGAGAAGAUCGCCAGGAUGGCUGGCAGCGAAGAAGAGCGGCUCCCACCUAUUGGUCUUCUCACUUCAGAUGGACGGACAGAGUGGGCCGAGGCUCGUAGUGUGCUAAUGAGAGAGUCUACUAACAGGGACUCUCUGGACAUGAUCGAGCGUUGUCUGUGUCUGGUCUGUCUUGAUGACGCCACUGGGCCUGAGCUAAGUGACACCACACGUGCCAUGCUGAUGCUGCACGGCGGAGGAGUGGCCAAGAAUGGGGGCAACCGCUGGUAUGACAAGCCGAUGCAGUUUGUCGUAGGAGCUGAUGGCUGCUGCGGAGUCGUGUGUGAACACUCACCAUUUGAAGGAAUUGUACUAGUGCAGUGUACAGAGUAUCUACUCAAAUACAUGAUUGGCAGCCCAUCAAAGCUGGUGAGGGCUGCAAGUGUGAGCGAGCUGCAUGCACCACGCAGACUCCGCUGGAAAUGUACUCCAGAGAUUCACAAACUCCUUGCCUCUUCCGCUGACAAACUACAGAGGCUGGUGAAAAAUCUGGACAUGAAUGUCCACAAAUUCCACGAUUACGGGAAAGAGUUUAUCAAAAAGCAGAAAAUGAGUCCAGAUGCCUACAUCCAGGUUGCUCUUCAGUUAGCCUACUACCGAUGUCACGGCAGAACAGUGUCGACGUAUGAGAGCGCUUCUAUACGGCGUUUUCAGGAAGGCAGAGUGGACAACAUCCGCUCUGCCACACCAGAAGCCAUGGCCUUUGCAAAAGCAAUGACUGAUGGGGAACUAAGCACAGGCGAUACAGAAAAGAUGGAGCUGUUACGAGAUGCCAUAACUGCACAGACAAAUUAUACUAUUCUGGCUAUUACAGGGAAGGCAAUAGACAAUCACUUACUGGGACUUCGUGAAAUUGCACAUGAACUGAAGUUGGAGAAGCCAGAAAUAUUCAAAGACGAAGCCCAUCUCAUCAGUAAUCAGUUCAUUCUCUCUACAAGCCAGGUCCCUACUACUGUUGAGAUGUUCUGCUGCUACGGACCUGUGGUUCCAAAUGGCUAUGGAGCAUGCUACAACCCUCAGUCAGAGCACAUUAUCUUCUCUGUGUCCAGUUUCCACGAGAGCCUGCAGACAUGUUCAGCAGAAUUUGUCAAGUGUCUGGUGCGUGGACUCCUGGACAUGAGGGAUCUGUGCAAUAAAUGUAACUCCAGCUCCAAUCCGACCGAGCAAAGACGGGGUCAGACGCUGGAGACGCACACGCAAACAGACACAAACUGGCAAAACAAAACACCGCAGCAGAGACCAGCUGACCUGACCAAGAAUCAGCAACCACUGCCACAGGUUCUGCUGGAGACACCGGACCAGACUAAAGUAGAGGCUCAUACCAAGACUCCAUCACAGGGAGAGGCACAAGCUUUAAAGAAUGGAAGUCAAUCAUAGGAAACUGUCAGUGCCAUUCAAAAUAGUGGUGGUGUGAGUUUAAAUGUGUGUUUUUUGUGCUGCAACAACGUAUUUCUCAAGUCAUUCACAAAUAUACAUAAACUGUAAAACAAAAUGUAAAGCUGUUUUGUUGUUAAUUGUAUUGUUAAGUGUAUUAGGUGCUGCUGAUGAUGUAAUUCAAAUGUAUGUCAAAGUGGCUACUGUCCGUACGUAAAAUAAACUUGUGCUUUUGAUUGUUGUUUUGCACUAAAUUGAGAUGAAUUAGCCAAAGAAUAGAGUAUUUUUAUUGCUGUUGACAACCAGUGCUACUGAUACGGUUGGUGGGAAACAUAAAAAUUACAGAAAAGAGAGUCUAGCACUCAGAAUUCACUCUCCUUUUUCCAUGUCUGCAUCAUUUUGUCCGUGAAGCCUGUCAGUUAGUUUGAUGGAGCAAAAGUAGUCUGUGAGUUAUGAUAAAUGGUUGAUUGUGUCAUCGUAUGUCAACUUGCAAAUCGCAUGCUACUAUCUAAUGAUUUUCUGAAGAUUAUGGUACAAUUGUAAAACUAGAAUCUUCUAUGCAAUAUCUGUUUGUGUUGUCUUUGUAAAUGGCUGUCUAUCGUACCAACAAUAGAUGUCAUAUUACUAAAAUGUCUGUUGAAAAAUGUAUUAUUUUAUAAAAUCAUUAGAUGUGAGUUCAUACUGUACUGUAUUCUGUAUACUGAGACUUGUGUUGUGCUUGUGCACACAAGAAACAAAAAGCAAGUGAUCAAGGGAUCAUUAGUCUAUCAAAGAAUGUUAAGUGUGAUGAAAACUGUGCAUUUGUAAAUUUAUGAGAAGAAUAUAUCAAUUAAGUUAUUUAUUUUUGUAUGAUAUAGCCUACUGUUACAGGGUGUAAAUGCAAGUUUGAAAAGUAUGAAACUUACUAACCAGAAGUGAUCUCUGUGUUUAUGACUGUCCAAGUGUUGUAUUUAUGAAGUCCUGUUGAAGAUUAAAAG